UUGCCUGGCCAGCCAUCCUCACUCUCCACAGAUUAUGUUUCAUCAAACAAAAUUGUCAUAUCAUGGAGCGCUCCUACUGAUGUAGGGGAUGGAAUAAAAGGGUACUUUGUUGAGUGGCAGGCUGAUGGAAUAUCCGAAAUUCAACAAAAAGUAGUUGCAGAGAGGAGAGCUGCGACACUGGAUAAGCUAACACCCUACACGAGGUAUGAAAUUCACGUGAGAGCAGAAAAUGAUAAGGGAGAUGGCCCUUGGUCAGUUUUACUAAAAAUGAGAACUAACGAGUCAGGUGAGUAAUGGAAUGACCCAUUAACAUGUAAAAUAAUAACAUGUAAAAUGUUGAUAACAAAGGUUACUCGACCCUUUGACCCCAAAGAGUGACAAGCUUUUUAUUUCUCCUUACAAUGUUACCCCUGAAUCAAACAUGAAGGUCACGAGAAUAAAGGAAAUGAUCACCAUAUAAAGAAUCCCUUGAUUGUUAAAAAAAAAUCAUUGUAAACACCUUAGUUUAUGUGUAGAGAGCCUUAUGGAGAAUAUGCAUACUGAUGUUAGGGCGUUCAGGUGUGUUCACUUCCACUUUCUCAUCAGUGAUUCUCAUUAAUUCUGAUGAUGUCAGUUGUGUGAAUUUGAUACUAAUGGAUCAACUAAUAAACCCCCAACUGAUACUCUCCUUUAUCCUCUCCACUUGUCCACUGUGUUGUGUUUAUAUCGCCAGGAGAAAUUCUUUCCUGGUUACCUAGGGGAGUUAAAGUGUUAAUAGAUGUUGUUAGUUUUUCCUUGUAGUAGCCUAAAAAUUGAGCACCUAACAUUUUCUUUGUACGAAGUUUGGUAACAGAGGAAGAGUGUUCUUGUUCAGAAAUUAUUCUAUUUAAGUCAUUCGAUUUGAUUUUGCACUGCACAUGCGACUGUGCAUUUAUAUAUGUUGCCACAUUGAAAAGCUCUAAGUUCAUAAUUGUAUUGUGUACUUGUAUGGUGUGACAUGAAGUGUUUCAUACAUGUAAGCAAGUAGCUAAGAAAAUGGCAUGUUCCCUAUACAUGUACUGAAAAUCCUAUAUAUAUAUAUAUAUGUAUAUAUAUUAAUGUGUGGGUAGAGUCUGCCUUGGCAUAAAGUGCUCAAUGCUGUGGUAGGGUAGCGGAGGUGAGUAUAUAUAAGUGAAAGAAUCAAAGAGGAAGCAUCGAUUCACUGUUACUCUGAGUUUCGCGCCUAAGCGCUCGUCAGACAGAACUUUAUUCAAUGAAGAACAUACCUCCUUAUAUACAAAUUAGAUGGGUAGCUAAUUAAUUCACUAGUGUGAUGAUAUGAUCUACGUGUGAAAUAAAGAUUCUAUAGAGCUAUUUUUGGCGGCUUGUGAAAUUUGCUAACUAAAACUUAUUCUCGUGGCGGCAUUUAGAAAUGACUUCUGUUCUUUUGUUUAAUAAAGACGGUUUCUUAGCUCUAACUAAAUAAAGUUUUUCUGUGAGGCACAAGUGGCACCGCUUACCUUUGUUGCUGUAAGGUCGCUAAAAUACUCCAGUUUAUUGUAAAAUUGGUGUUGUUGUCUUUGAAUGUCUAGAUAUGCUUUGACAGUUCCGUGCUGUUUGAAUAGUUUCUCUUCCGAAAAGAAAGUUUGUGUUGCGUGUAACGUUGUUUAAAAGUUCCUUCAGUUAGUCCAAUGUAAUUCUUUCCGGUUGUAUCAUUUUCUGUUGUUACGUUGGCGUUGUAGACGACGCUUGAAGUGAGGCAGUUGUUUUUCAGAGGGCAGUCGUUUUUUUCCUGCAGUUACAUUUGUUUCCCGUGGAGGGUGUCUUGCUUGUUUCGAGGAUUUUUCUGUUGUGCUUCUUAAUUAUGGUUUGUAGGUUGUCUAUACAGCUAUAACUGACUUUCAUGUUGUUUUUGUUGAAGAUUUUGCUGUACCGGUGAUUUUUCGGGAACAUUUCCCGAAAAAUCACCGAUACAGCAAAUACUGGAGUAUUUUAGUGACCGCCCCGGCCUACAGCCACAAAAGCAAGCGGUGCCACUUGUACCUCACUUGUACCUUCAUUGAAUAAAGUUCUGUCUGACGAGCGCCUAGACGCGAAACUCGGAUUAACAGAGAAUCGAUGCGUCCUCUUUGACUCUUUCACAUAUAUAUAUACAUAUAUGUGUGUGUGUGUCAAGCAUAGUUUUGAUCUUUUGUUCUUUUAUAUUAUAUUUGACUCAAUCCAGCUCCCACAGUUCCUGGGAAUUUCAAAUUGACUGUUAAGUCAUCCACAGUAAUUAAAGCGUCGUGGACUGCGCCCUUGAAGCUUAAUGGUGUCUUCAAGCGUUACGUGCUAAGGUAUGGUUUAUCAAAAGAUAGCAUAAAUAAACAGGUGUAUCUCACAACCACAGAGUACUUACUGACCCCGCUGGAUGAGUUCUCUACUUACUAUGUUCAAGUCCAUGCUGAAACGGCUGUUUCCGGGCCUGCCUCCAGUAUUCUUUCGGCAAAGACAAAAGAAGACGGUUAGUGCCGUUAUAGGUUGUUGUUAUUGUUGUAACUGUUGUUUAUUUUUGCUUUGGUUUUCGUUCGUCGAUGUCUGCAGGAGGCAGCCACAUUUAGCAUCAAUUAAAUAACUUACAAGUACCACGCGAUACUUUCAAUGUUUGCGUCACUUCAUGUUACAGGUUUUAAUUGUUUUUGGUUAAAAAUGUUUUCUCCCCGGAUGACGUACUGAAUGUAAAGAAAUACAGCAGAUCUUUAGAACCAAAGCAUGAGCACAGCUAGAAGAUAAUGGGUUCAUGACCAUGACCUAUUUGCCUUUGAGAAUGGUGACAUGUCAAAAAUACGUCAUGUUUAAUAAUGGUCAUAUCGGUCAUCGAUCUUCUAAACUACAACAUUCUAAGUUUAAUGAAGAUGUUAGCUGACAUAGAUCUUCUAAUUCUUUUACUCUGACUUGCAACUAAAGCUCCCAGUUCCGCUCCAAUCAUUAACAAACACGAAACAAAGGCCGAGGAUGCGCACACCAUAAGAGUCAAAUGGAAUGAAAUUAAAAAAGAGGAUCAAAACGGCCUCAUAUUGCGAUAUGAGGUUUCAUACAAAGAAGAUGGAACAGAAAAAGUGUUGGGUUUUAAAAUAAAAAAAACAAACACAAUUAUCACGGACUUGAAGCCAUUAACGUCAUACUGCAUCCAAGUUCGAGGGUUUACAAGUGUAGGAAAGUCACCACUGAGCCCUUGCUUUCAUGUCCAGACAUUGGAUAAAGGUAUGCCAUCAUUGAAUUUAGUUUGAUUCAUCAUCAUCCUUGAAUUAAGGAAGUAUGAUUUGAGAAGUUUUUUCGUCGGGGAAACAAAAGACGACGACAACAAUAGAAAAAAAAAUAGUUUAAUAACCGAGGCUUUGGUCGGUUUAAACUACACUCAAUUUCUGAAGAAAAACUUCUGUUUCUGUUUUUCCAAGAGUUGUUUUUCUUGAGGUGCGCGUGGCACACUAAACUCUCUAACCAAAAAUAGCCUAAAAUCUCCUGGGAUUUUCGUUUUUCUUGGCCUUAAUCUUUUUUGUUGUUUUAUAUUAACUUUAUUUUGUUUGUGUCUAUGUUAGCUUGUUUGUUUGUUUUUUCUUCACUGUGGUUAUUUGAGCUACUGAGUAAUUAAUUCCGUACCAUGGCUACUGUGAAUAAUUCGAGGCAGUUCAAACUGUUCUCUGAAAAGAUUUAACCACUCAAACUUAUUCAAAUCUUGUACUGUUAUUUAUUUUAAAAGGUCCAAGCCAUCCGUUCAAUGUUAAAGUUCAGGCCGUUUCUUCUGUUUCAAUUCUUGUAACGUGGGAUAAACCUGCUCACUCUAAUGGAGACAUAAAGGAAUAUGUAAUAUUUUAUGGAACCCGCGAGGAUGUACAGAGUAAUGAGCGAAAAGUGACUGGAAACACGCGGGAACGUAUAAUAGACGGCUUGAACAAAUAUACCACUUACUAUGUGAAAGUCAGGGGUAGUGCAUCUACACCAGGAAAUGCUUCUGAAAUAUUAAAUGCAACAACUUUCGAAGAUAGUAAGUAGAUACUAAUGAUUCAAGUUUUCAAUUGUUACUUGUACCCCGGUAAACAUCCGAUAGACCAUUUCUUAGAUGUAUCAUUUUGUAGAGCGUCCGACUGCCGUGCGGGGGGGGGGGGGGGGGGAGGGGGGGGGGUCGAGGAUUCAAGUCCCAGACAUUUAGUUACUGUGGGAAAAGUGCGAAAAAUCAAUUUGAAUUAAAAGAGAGGAGAUGCAGCGAAUAAUGGCAUGGUCAAGUGUGAUAAUACAUUAUGAUAAAUUAUACUACUGAUUCCAUAAUAAUUUCGAAGUUAUUGGCAACAAUAAAUGUUGGAAAAUAGUAAUUGUUUCGCGAUAAGCUCAGCAUUCGUAUUUGCUAGGUUAGUGAUUUACAUGCUUUUCUCGUUCUCAUCUUUUUACCAUCGCAUUUAUACUAUAAGAUCCAUGGAAUGAGGACUCUGACGCUUAAAUAACUGACUGCAUCAUCGGUUGUUUGAUUGAUUGAUUUUCUACUCUAAUUAUGAAUUUGAUUUAUUUCUUUUUGCAUCCUAGGUCCUGGACCGCCAAGGGAGUUUAGGGCUCAGGUGGUAAUAGCUAAUAAUGUUUAUCUUACAUGGAAGGAGCCUGAUAGUUCUAACGGAAUUGUAAGGUUCUAUGACAUAAGGAUCCUCGAUAAUAUAACAGGCUUACAGGUCAUAAAGGUUGGCAGCCAGAGCGCUGACGUGCAGUCAGACAUACAGCAACACAGUAGGUUGAUAAAACGUCUCGAGUACUAUACAGACUACACGUUCACAAUCCAGGCCGUCACAAUUAAACCUGGGGAAAUGGCUAACGCCACAGCAAGAACAGAAGAAGGAGGUAUAGUCCUUACCUUUUCAUAUCGAAUGAACCUGGUCGAAGAUUUUCUCUCUUUUCUUCUCAAGUAAUGGAACCAUUUUGUGUAUUAAGAUCUCUAAUAUUAAAAUCGUCCAGUUGGCUUUUAACAGUAACUCUGUGGGUAAGGGGCAUAGCACACGAGUGUGAACAUGAUUAGCAGCACGCGAACGAUAAAGGCGACUAUUCAACACAACGGUGACGAUAAAAUAGAAUAAACAAGUUGAAUGAAAAGCGCUCGUUGAUACCGUGGGGAUUUUUUUUUCUCGUCACCUUAGUCCCACCAAUAGUCUAGCUUUAUUUUCUGCAUAUAAAAACACACUCGAAACGUCAGCCUUGAAACUCUUUACGGUGGCCAAUUUACUUUAUCAGCUCAAUUGACAAUACUUACUUAGCCUGUUAUACUUUCCCACCGAGCACAUGCGAAGAGGUGUGACCGCUUUAUCCUACCCUUCCAUUGCCAAUGUCCGUCUGUUACGCGAAUUGCACACGCAUGGGAAAGCUAACACCCCAUGUAUUUUUACACCAUUACAAGUUAACUCCUCUGGAAACCUUCCGUAUCUUCGCAAUACAAUGGUUUGCUCUCAAAGCAAUUAUGAUUUGUUGUAGCCCCAAGUCAGCCUAGAGAUGUCACUGCGAAACUUGACAAAGGUGAACUUUCUGCUACUGUUACAUGGAAGGAUCCUAAAAACCACAAUGGAAUUAUCAUCAUAUACACGGUGAGCUACGCUGCAAAAAUCUAUUUAUUAUCAACUCUAAACUAUAUAAAUAGGCGUACUAAUGGUUUCGAAGCGUGCAAGGUUACAUUUCAGUCUUAGCUGAGAAUUAUCUUGUAACCUUGUAAGAUUUUUUUCACUAGUCAAGUGAGACCCCCAACAACAGCCACGACUACAACAAAGAUAGACCACAAAAAAAACAAAAACAAAAACAAAAACAAAAACAAAAUCAGCUGAUUUUCGCAAAUUGUGCACGCGACAUUGUUAUAUUACGUAAUUUGAGAGUUUGACUUUACUUUGUUGGUUAUUUCGUCUUUUUUUUGUUUAGUGUUUGUUUCUAUCUGAAUUUGUUCAUUUGUUCUUUUCUUCGAGGCUGAUUAAAAUGUGUGAUAACUAGUCUGCUUGCAUGCAUGUUGUCGUGCUCAUGUAAUCCAAAGCUUCAAUUUUUGAGAGAUAAUGCCUUACUUAAGGAUGAGUAUGCUUUGGAUAUUUCAGAUUCUAUCACCGGUUGCCACAGUCGAUUUUUUUAAUGUUCUUUUCAGUAAUGACAGAAGUAGGCUUUCAUAUAGAAAUUGUAAGAAAAUUAAAUAACCACUGCCUAUUUCCAGCCAUUGGAACCCUGAGACUUAAGUGUGUGCUGUGAAUUCUGAACGAAUUUUUUUCCCCCUUCUAAAUGCCACUUCAUUUGUUUCUCUUUCUGUGAGAUGUUGUAUCUUCCUCGAUUUUCAGGUAUACUUAGAGGGUAAAAGAGCACAUAACAAUUCCUUUCAUCAUAACCACGAAAUAGUAUUAAACCAGAGCUCUCGGAGCACAGAGAUACGUAUAGAAAAGUUGAAGCCUGGUACAAAAUAUGGUGUUUAUGUGAAAGCAAAAACAGCCAAAGGAUAUGGAACCGCAAGUGAUCCUGUAAUGCUGGACACACCAUCAAAACGUAUGUGA